AUGCAGAGUCACCCCGUGCCGCUGCUACGCGGUCAAAGACGAACGUUGCACCGUCCUACCAUUUUAAUCCGAGCAAACCUCAGUCAGUCAUGCCCCUUUAGUUGGAAUGCGACCCAUGACUCGUAUAACUACACCAGGAGUCGCUUCUUGGUAAAUGAAGAUCACGAGAGGGCUAUACGCCGGGUAAAAUUCAAUAUGAGUGAGCUACUAGAGUGUGCGGCUAAAUCGGUUGGCUCUUCGUACGAUCAAUGCGUUAAUAUCGAAAGACUCCCGGACGGGAUGUUUAAUAAAGCCUUUCUUUUCACCAUGCAGGAUGGUACGCAAGUUGUAGGUAAAGUGCCAAAUCCGAAUGCUGGACGGCCUUAUUAUACCACUGCUAGUGAAGUGGCGACGAUGGAUUUUGUGAGGGAAAAGCUAAGCACUCCAGUGCCGAAAGUAUUAGCUUGGAGCUCAAAAGCGAAUGAGAACCCAGUUGGAGCGGAAUACGUUAUCAUGGAGAAGGUUGGAGGUGUUCAACUUGGUAAAGUUUGGCCACGGAUGAAUUUUGAACAGAAAUUUGAGCUCGUCAAGACACUCUGCGGGUAUCAAAAGGCCUGGAUGUCAAAGUCCUUCACUCAAUAUGGAGGUCUCUAUUACUCAAAUGACUUGCAAAGUAACCGUGGGUGCAUCCUCGUUGAUGAAGAUGGGUCUCAAUCUAGAGACGAUCGAUUUGCUAUUGGUCCAACAACAGGAAGACAGUUUCUUGACCAUGGUAGAAUUGACGUGGACUUCGAUCGUGGUCCAUGGAAUAAUCUGCUUUCAUACAAGUCAGCAAUUGGCUUUCGAGAGCUCGCAUGUGUACAGGAUAUGACCCAGCUACCGCGGUCACUUCUAGGGCUUUACGGUCCUGGUACAUAUCGUCCUUCGCGUCCCAAAAAGGUGGCUGCUAUCCAAGACUAUCUCCGUCUUGUGCAAUUCCUCCUUCCCACUGAUGGCUCGAUAUCUUCUGCAUUCUUAUGGCAUCCUGAUCUACAUACCGAGAAUAUCUUCGUCGACCCCGAGAAGCCGUCAGAAGUCUUAGGCAUCAUAGACUGGCAGUCCAGUGGAGUUUUACCCCUUUUUGAUCAUGCGCGUCAGCCAUAUCUUCUUGACUAUGAUGGUCCUCCGGCAACUGGAAUCGACCGACCAAAAUUGCCUGAGAACUUUGAUCAACUUGAUCCUACCGAGAAAGCAGAGGCCAAAAGACUGUAUUUGAACAUCUCACUUGCAACACUUUAUAGAAAACUCACUUUUGCCAAAAACAAAAAAUUGUUCGAUGCUAUGGAGUUUCAGCAGACAUCGAGCUUUGACAUGAUGCUAAUCGCUCAGAACCUGCUUAUCGACGGGGAAGCUCUAUACCGGGCCAGAGUCCUUGAGCUUAAAGAGGAGUGGCCCUAUCUCCCAGGCGUACAAGCUUCCGGCAUUCCACCAUUUCCUUUGCAAUAUACUACUGACGAGGUCAGUGCCAUUCACGAAGAUGAGGGUAAGGCAUCCGAAAGCAUGGCGUUGAUGCGGGGCGUGGAAGAGUUUCUGGGUAAAAUGUGGCCGGAGAAAGGCAUCGUGCCGCCUGAGCGGUAUGACGAAGUAAAGGAGAUUCUCGGAUAUGUUAAAACAGACUUGAUUGACCAACUUGCACAUUCCGAGGUAGACAAAAUUGGAUGGGAAAAGGCAUGGCCAUUCGAUGACUGA